AUGUCCUCCUCCACCCGCGUGAUGCUGGUCACCGGAGCCAACAAGGGCAUCGGCUUUGCCGUCGUGCGUGACCUGUGCCGGCAGUUCUCCGGGGAUGUGGUGCUCACGGCGCGGGACGCGGCACGGGGCCCGACGGCCGUGCAGCCGGUGCAGGCCGAGGGCCUGUGCCCACUUUUCCACCAGCUGGACAUCGACCUGCAGAGCAUCCGCGCCCUGCGCGACUUCCUGCACAAGGAGUACGGGGUCUUGGGGUCUCGGGGUCUCGAUGUGCUGGUCAACAACGCGGGCAUCGCCUUCAAAAUUGGCGAUCCCACACCGUUUCAUAUUCAAGCAGAACUGACUACGAAAACAAACUUCCUUGGUACCCAAGAUGUGUGCACGCAGCUCCUGCCUCUAAUAAAACCCCGAGGUAGAGUGCUGAAUGUGUCUAGCAGACGGGGCUUCAAAGCUCUUGAAAACUGCAGCCCCGAACUGCAGCAGAAGUUUCGAAGCGAGACCGUCACGGAGGAGGAGCUGGUGGGGCUCAUGAACAAGUUUGUGGAAGACACAAAGAAGGGGGUCCACGGGAAGGAGGGCUGGCCCGAGACCGCAUAUGGGGUGACGAAAAUCGGCAUCACGGUCCUGUCCAGAAUCCAAGCCAGGAAACUGAGUGAGCAGAGAGGAGGGGACAAGAUCCUCCUGAAUGCCUGCUGCCCAGGGUGGGUGAGAACUGACAUGGCGGGACCCAGAGCCACCAAAAGCCCAGAAGAAGGAGCAGAGACCCCCGUGUACUUGGCCCUUUUGCCCUCGGAUGCUGAGGGACCUCAUGGAGAGUUUGCUUGUGAGAAAAAAGUUGAACAAUGGCAAUUCAACUCACAGCUCUAA